AUGGAUGAAUCUUCCAUGUCGUCACCACCAAUACACGUCAUCGCAUUGGGUAUCAACAAGAUCAUUUCCGGGAUAGUCACAGUUGCUAAAGAGAAGCAUGCCAAUCUUGAUCUCCAAUCAAAACAAAAUCUAGUGGAAACUCUGGAAGACGAGCUGGGCCGCUUCCGUGUUUGGAGUGGCAACCUGGGUGCUUUUCAUGAAUCAACAUCACUUUCGUCUCUCGAGCAUAGGCUUAGAGAUGGGCCGAAAAUGAAAGCCGGUAUCAUCAGUGGAUUGGAGCGUUUGGAGGAUGCUGCUCAACGCGUGAACGAGAUCAUGAUAGGGAAGCACCCCAAUGCAUUCGAUUCGAUUUCGGACGGUGCAUACCGGGAUUUAUUCCCGGAAGAAAGUUCACCACUUGACGAAUUGUUAACGGGCCUACAUUCAUCCAUCAGCAAUCUGUUCUCUCUUGCUAUGCUGAUUCGCCGGGAUCGGCCGAAAGGCAGACGUUUAGACUCAAGGAGGCUUGUCUCACUCGACAAGACGGCCGACAUCACUUAUGUUGAAGACAGAUUUCCAAAGCUGAGACUAACACCAUGGCUGGCACAGCGCUUAGGGGAAGCUAUCUCAUAUAGGAGGGAAUCAAUUCGUUACCGACAGACUCAUCGGCAAAAGCUACAGACAAUGUCCGAUCUCUCCGCACCCAAUGAAGACGCUCAGACACUUGCUACUACUUUUAAAGAGGUAAACUGGAAUGGUGAUCAAAACCAAUCAUUAUUCCAAGAAAAUAGCGUGGAAUCUGGCAACAAGAGCCAUGAAAACAAGUCAAUCCUUUCAGCAGGUACCUCACACGUGUCCGCGGAAGCAAAUACCGCUGAACUCCGUGUCCCGGACUUGUCGAAUAUGAUCCUGGAUGGGAUUAGGUUGGAUUACGGACAGCACAUUGAAUGCCCAUACUGUCGAACGGUGCAGAAACCUCUGAAUCGACACGAAUGGAAGAAGCACGUAUUCCAGGAUCUUGAACCAUAUGUGUGCCUCUUCGAGGAUUGUUCCUUCAAGCUCUUUGAAACGCGACGGGAGUGGUACGAGCACGAAACAACGUUUCACGGACGGCAUUACUCUUGUCGUUUUUGCUUCACUGCAAACCCUACCAUGUACGUCAAUGAAUCCGAGAUGGUUGACCACAUUAAGUUGAAGCAUGCUGCAAACAUGACGGAAUUGCAGAUCCCUCUGCUUCUCCAAGCAUGCGAGCAGAAGAAUCACACAUUGGACACCUCAUCUUGCCCUUUCUGUUCGGAAUGGAAAGCAGAUCUAAACGCCGAGACGACGAAAGGAUAUUACCGCCAUAUUUCUAGACACCUCCAGCCCCUGGCGUUGGCUUCAAUUCCCCUCGGCAUUGACGGACUCGAGAUUAUAAACGACGAGGAAACAACAAGAAGUGAGGAAUUCUUGGGAUUUGAAGGAAGGGUCGCCACACAAAUCCGAGACUCUUCCGAAAUGACCAACGUAAUGAAUUUCGUUAUGAAACCCUUUCAAGAAAUUCAGGCUAAAGCCCGGAUGGUGAUCAGCAAUCUUGAACAGAGCAACGUUGGGACUCGCAAAAUCGCCGCACUGCGUCAAGCGGACUCGGCGCUCGAAACAGAGGGGCGAGUGGCUUUGCAGACCAUCGAACCGCUCUGUGUGAAUCUCCUUCACGAGCUUGGAUUCAGCUUCGUUGAUGCUCUGACACGUAAUGAAGAAGUAGCCACUCAUCGUGCGGUCAUCCACAGAAUCAUCUGGGAUUUCAACUAUAUUGAUUCCGGUCCUUCCGGCGUUGAUGCGUUUGUCACGUUGCAGCAGCGGUCUAACAAUGCCCUGCUUGGAAUUACGAGCGCUCUGCAAAAAGUCAAUGCGAAAUGUGAAGAUGAAAAGUUUGAUUCGCAAAAGUCUAAAAUUGUUGAGAGCUGUUUCAGCAGCGGGAGCGAUUCGGGCGGAUCCUAUAUUCACCACGUUGCCCUUCUUGACGGGUUUAUGUUAUGUAUUCACGUUUCCAAGAAUGGAGAGAUUUAUCUAUCUCACCUAACGCCGGAUGACGAAACAGGAGGAUUUUUUAACGAUAUGAUGUGGGACUUUGAAAGGAUUGAUGCUAUACGAGGAUCCGUUGGAGUUCCAACUACCGAGUUCAGCUUUGAGAUAGACGGGUUGUGGCAUGGGUGGAUGACGACCUCCCACACCACCAGUAUCUCCUUCAUUGCGAAAUGUGUCUCGGUUUUUUAUUCCUACAGUGGGGGUCGUCUCCCUCGUCUUCUACAUUUUGCACCGGAUGAGAUGGCUCAGAUAUUGGGAUCGAAGUAG